AUGAGUCUCGCUUCAUAUCUUCUGAGCAAGGCCCAAGCAGCUGCAAAGGGCGGGAGCAAACAAAAAAUCUCACAGCCAAAACUGGAUGAGGGACUCGAUGCCAUCUUCCGCGCAGCUCCAGUGCCCAAGCCUGCUGUCCGCCCCACUCGAGGAGCUGAUGCUGCAGAGCCGGUUGAGAAAGGGGAUGCCUUGGAUUCCCUGAAGGAUGGUUCAACGAGAAAACGCAAGCGAGCGAAACCAUCCGACGCUGGGCAUAUUUCCGAAGAAGCUUCGGCGUCUGCUCAUCACCCCGAACCCGCCGGGUCAAAGGAAAAGAAGAAGGGCCGGGGAAAGGAUCCAAAGCUGAAGAGGCGAAAGGUCGACGACCCUCGUUCUGAUGAGGAGGACGCUCGGCUCGAGGAUUCGUACGGCUCAAGGACCGCAUCGUCUUCGAAGGCUGGCGUCCUGGACACGGAAGUCGAGGCACGAUCAGAAGGGGAAUCGGACGACGAGGAAGUCGACCCUGCCCAACUUGUCCACGAAUCUGUCGCGAAUGCGGGGAAGCAGACAUCGAAGGGGUCCCGCAGUCGAAAAUCUCAUUACGUACCCGAAAGCGAGACUUCAGAGCAGCGAGAUCGCCGAACCAUAUUUGUGGGCAAUGUCCCUGCUGAUGUCGCGAAAAGCCGACCACUUCAGAAACGCCUCAAGCGACACAUCCUCACCUUUGUCCCUUCGGCAAAGAUUGAGAGUGUCCGCUUUCGUUCCGUCGCGUUCCAAAAGCCCACCACCGAACUUCCUAAGGAGGACGAUGACUCGACGUCUAAGCAGAAGUCCAGUGCCACCGAGAAGAAGGGACGCCAGCACGAUGCUGAUCGCGCUGCGUCCUGGAGGCUGCAAACCAAAGACAAGGAAGCAAUCGAGGAUGAGAAAGCAGCGAAGAAAUAUCUUAAUCCAAAGGAGAAGAAGAAAGUCGCUUUCAUCAAGGGUGAGCUUCACCCGAACGUAGACUCCAUCGUUGCGUAUAUCGUGUUCGCCCAUCCGAAGCCGGUUCAGGAAGCAUCGGACGCUCCUACUUCUCAGCAACACAAGAUUAUGAAUCCGUUUGAGGCUGCGCAGCAAGCGGUACUCAACGGUGACGGGACCGUCUUCAUGGAGCAUACACUGCGUGUCGAUCACGCUCGCCCGUCUGAAGCUUCAAAGGUUGCAGGCGACAUAGCCAUGGGAGAUCCCAAGCUUAGCGUCUUCGUUGGUAAUCUGGACUUCGCAACGAAAGAGGAAGAUCUACGCGUCUUCUUCGAGGCGCUCCUGAGCACAGAGCGCGGCCCGCCCCCUGCUCCUGGACCCGAUACGAUCGAGAACAUACCGGCGAAGCGUAUCUCCUGGGUCACUAAAGUGCGCGUAGUGCGCGAUCGCGAUACACAGAUGGGCAAAGGCUUCGCCUACGUUCAAUUUCUGGACAGGGAAUGCGUAGAUGAAGUAUUGGCACUCGAGCCGGAGAGGCUGAAGUUUGCGAAGCGCAAACUGCGCGUUCAGCGAUGCAAAGCUCCUGGCAGCGGCAAGACCGGCGACGGUAGACAGACUCGCCCCGACCGCCAAGCGAAGCCUACGGAGCCUAGCCUCAAGCGCUCGGUAUCCAAGACUAGGCUCAGCGGUACGCCGAUCGUGGUUCCAAAGGGAGACCCAUCGCUCGGCGAGAAACUGUCUCAUCUACCGAAAGAGGAGCGCAAACAGGCGAAGGCCGCGGAUGAGGCCCGUGUGCAGCGCCGUCUGGCUAAGAAGCUGGCGAAGAAUGCGAUGGUAAAGAGUACGACGGGCAAAGAUAAGGAGCGGAUCAGGAAACGACCAAGCACCAAGACCAACGCAGGAGGAGCUGCCAAAGAAGUGAAGAAGAGGUCGAGAAUACGCAGCGAAAAGAGUCUGCAGAAGAGGAAUGUGAAGAAGUAG